CAGCUCGCGCCAGCGGAGGUGAGGAAGCCGGGAAUAGAGCAGAAACACGUUUCUCGCCAGCCUCGGUUCUCACGCGCCAUGGCGACCCCCGUCCAGGAGCCUCCUCAGUCGAGCGGCGGAAAGCGCAAAGGCAAAGCUCAGUAUGUGCAAGCCAAGCGGACUCGGCGCUGCGACGGCGGCGGGUCCCGGCAGCUGGAACCCGGGCUACAGGGCAUUCUCAUUACCUGCAACAUGAACGAACGCAAGUGCGUGGAGGAGGCGUACAGCCUGCUCAACGAAUACGGAGACGACAUGUAUGGGCCGGAAAAGUUUACGGACAAAGAUCAGCAGCCCUCUGGAAGUGAGGGAGAAGAUGAUGACAUGGAGGCUGCCUUGAAGAAAGAAGUUGGUGACAUUAAAGCAUCGACAGAGAUGAAGCUAAGGAGAUUCCAGUCAGUGGAGAGUGGAGCAAAUAAUGUGGUCUUCAUCAGGACACUUGGAAUAGAACCUGAGAAAUUGGUACAUCAUAUUCUCCAGGAUAUGUACAAAACCAAGAAGAAGAAGACUCGGGUUAUUCUACGUAUGUUACCCAUUUCAGGCACAUGCAAGGCUUUCUUAGAAGAUAUGAAAAAAUAUGCAGAAACAUUUUUGGAACCCUGGUUUAAAUCUCCAAACAAAGGGACAUUUCAGAUUGUAUAUAAAUCUCGAAAUAACAGUCACAUGAAUAGAGACGAAGUUAUCAAAGAAUUGGCAGGAAUAGUAGGCAGCCUCAAUUCGGAAAAUAAAGUGGAUCUCACUAAUCCGCAGUACACGGUGGUAGUAGAAAUCAUUAAAGCUGUCUGUUGCCUGAGUGUUGUGAAAGAUUAUAUGUUGUUCAGAAAAUAUAAUCUCCAGGAGGUGGUAAAGAGUGCUAAGGACCCAUCACAACUUAACCCAAAGCAGUCCGUGCAAGCAGGAAAUGGGAAAGAAGCUAAAUUCGAAUCUGGGAACAAAUCAAACCAACAUGAUCCAGCAGAAGGAAAAAAUAACCAGCAGGCGGUACCAGAAAAUAAUGAGGAACUGGGACAGACAAAACCAAGAUCUGAGACACAGGUGGUGAACGAGGGAGGAGCUAAACCUGAACUUGAAAGUCAAGUCACAGAAAGAUCUGAGUCAAGUGAAAAUGACCUCUCAUAAGGAUAAAAAAAAAAACCUCCUUUGGUGUUGCAGGUGGGUUUCCCAGAUGGCGUCCGGUAAGAUAGUGCUAGGAUUCCAUAUAAAAUUGUGACUGAAAAUUUAUUGUUUUUGACCUUUGUGUGCUGCAUAAUGCUGAACUCAUAAUAUUGAACGGUGAUUGAGAAACCCCAUUAAUGGUUCUGUUGGAGAGCUUUUGAACCCCCUAUACCAGUGUGCAGUUAGGCCUAUAUGCAUUUGGUUGAGCUAGGAGAGGCUAUGGAUAAUGAUGAACACUUCUGUGGAGGGGAGGGUCGAGGGAAGAUAGCAUUGGCUUCUCCCUCCUGAUUAUCUUCCUCAGCCUCCCCUUCUGUGCUGGCAUCUGACUUAGGGGAGCAAACGAACUCUGUAAAAGAGAAAGUCAUAGGGAAAUUUUCAUUUAAGGACAGAAUUUUUAUAUGUUGCAACUCAGCUGUCCCUUCCUACUUUUGUUGUAAACAUUGCAAAAACAUGGGUCUUACAGGUUUAGAA